AUGAUGGCUGAUAAGUUUCUCAGCCCCAACCCCCCACAUGCGGACUCCCGUUCGCGGGCCACGAGUGAUGCCGACACUAUUGCCCCGGACGGGUCCAAUCCGUUUCUCACGCCGUCCGGGACCACCGCUGCCCCCAGUACCGCUGGUGCGAGCCUCAAUCUUGAAGAUAUUGAAUCGUCUUUGAGGCCUGACCCAGGCACGGAGCGCGACUUUCACGUGGAGAACAACCCAUUCGCGUUUUCCCCCGGCCAACUCAACAAAUUGCUGAACCCCAAGUCCCUCUCAGCAUUCAGAGCGCUCGGCGGGCUCCGAGGUAUUGCUCGUGGCGUUCAGACCGAUGUACGCAGUGGUCUCAGUGUCGACGAAGCAGGCGUCAGAUCAAGAAUCAGUUUUAAUGAAGCAGUCGACAACCACAACGAUAGCAAACCGGUUUCCCCAACGACAGAGAAGCAUGUGCCGUCUUCCGGGGCACCGUUCGUGGACCGUACCCGUGUUUACGGUCGCAACGUACUGCCGCCAAAGAAGCCCAAGUCGAUCUGGAAACUGAUGUGGAUCGCGUUCAAUGAAACGGUACUUAUUCUCUUGACGGUUGCCGGAGUCAUCUCUUUGGCCCUCGGACUAUACGAGACACUCGGCGUUGAAAGGCCUGCAGGCGCACCGGCUUCUGUCGACUGGGUCGAAGGCGUCGCCAUCUGCGCUGCGGUCAUCAUUGUCGUCCUCGUCGGAUCCCACAACGAUUGGCAGAAGGAGAAGGCAUUCGUCAGGCUGAACACAAAGAAGGAUGACCGUCAAGUCAAGGUCAUUCGUUCCGGGAAAUCAGUUAUGAUCAAUGUUAACGAGAUCCUGGUAGGCGAAGUGCUCCAUCUGGAGCCUGGCGAUAUGGUCCCUGCCGAUGGAAUCUUGAUUGAAGGACACGAAGUUAAGUGCGACGAGUCUUCGGCUACUGGUGAAUCCGAUGUUCUUAAGAAGACUGCUGGCGACCAAGUCAUGAAGCUUCUGGACUCUAAACACAACAAUCAUGACGACCUGGACCCCUUUAUCAUCUCAGGAUCCAAAGUUCUCGAAGGUAUGGGAACCUACAUUUGCACCUCUGUUGGUGUCCACAGCAGCUUCGGCAAGAUCAUGAUGUCUGUACGGUACGAUAUCGAAGCUACACCUCUACAAAAGAAGCUUGAACGCCUUGCCAUCGCCAUCGCCAAGCUCGGCGGAGGUGCAUCGGCUCUGAUGUUCUUCAUCCUGCUUUUCAGAUUCGUUGCCAGUCUUCCUGGUGAUGACCGACUGCCUGCUGACAAGGCAUCGACUUUCAUGGACUUGCUUGUCGUUGCUAUUGCUAUCAUUGCUGUAGCUGUACCUGAAGGCUUGCCGCUGGCCGUCACUCUUGCCCUCGCGUUCGCGACAACGAAGCUUCUCAAGGAGAAUAACCUCGUUCGCGUACUUCGAUCUUGCGAAACCAUGGGUAACGCAACGACAAUCUGCUCGGAUAAGACAGGCACUCUGACAACAAACAAGAUGACGGUCGUGGCCGGCACCUUCUCCACCACUAGCUUCACUGCAUUGUCCCAGUCCGACAAUGAGAAGACAUCGGGGACACCUCACGUCACUACAUGGGCCGCUGGCUUGCCUACAGGAACCAAGGAACUUAUCGUUCAGUCGGUUGCUGUGAACUCCACAGCCUUUGAGGGUCAAGAGGAUGGUCAGGCAACUUUCAUCGGAUCUAAGACCGAGACAGCACUCUUACAGUUGGCGAAAGAUCACCUUGGUCUUCAGUCACUUGCUGAGGCCCGUGCCAAUGAGCAAGUCGUGCAGAUGCUUCCCUUUGAUUCCGGAAGGAAGUGUAUGGCCGCGGUCAUCAAACUUCGCGACACCUCGAAGGGAUAUCGUGUGCUGGUCAAGGGUGCCUCUGAAAUUAUGCUUGGGUACUGUUCAUCUAAGACUCAGCUGGAGACUUUGACUGAAGAGCCCAUGACGUUCACCGAGCGACAAUCUCUCGAAUCAACCAUCAACGAAUACGCUCGACGAUCCCUUCGGACCAUUGGCAUCGUGUACAAGGACUACCCCCAGUGGCCGCCUACAAACAUGCCUUCAGAAGAUGGACACGUCAAGCUUGAGUCUCUACUGACGCCUUCUGACCUAGUGUUCCUCGGCAUUGUUGGAAUUCAAGAUCCCGUCCGAGAGGGUGUUCCCGAGGCGGUCAGGCUUGCGCAGCAUGCUGGCGUCACAGUCCGUAUGGUCACUGGCGACAACAUCGUCACCGCUCAAGCUAUCGCCACAGAGUGCGGGAUCUUCACCGGCUCUCAGGGAGUGAUUAUGGAAGGACCAGCUUUCAGGAAACUUUCUGAUGAGGACAUGAAUAACAUUCUUCCCAAGCUACAGGUAUUGGCUCGUUCGUCUCCUGAAGACAAGCGGAUUCUCGUGACGAGAUUAAAGGCUCUCGGAGAGACGGUCGCUGUCACAGGUGAUGGUACGAACGAUGCUCCCGCACUCAAGGCCGCAGAUGUUGGCUUUUCGAUGGGCAUCUCAGGUACCGAAGUGGCCAAGGAGGCUUCCGCAAUUGUUCUCAUGGAUGAUAACUUCGCAUCGAUCGUGACUGCACUCAAGUGGGGUCGCGCAGUCAAUGAUGCCGUUCAAAAGUUUCUUCAAUUUCAAAUUACCGUUAACAUCACUGCUGUCCUCUUGGCGUUUAUCACAGCCAUGUAUGACCCUCAUAUGGAGCCGGUGCUGAAAGCUGUUCAAUUGCUUUGGGUCAACCUCAUCAUGGACACAUUUGCUGCGCUCGCACUGGCAACGGAUCCUCCGACCGACAAGAUUCUCGACCGGCCCCCUCAAAGAAAGGAUGCACCACUUAUCACCAUCAACAUGUGGAAGAUGAUUAUUGGACAAGCUAUUUUCCAGCUCAUCAUUACACUCACCCUUUACUUCGCCGGCCCCGAGAUUCUCAACUACGACAGAAAUAGCGAGGAUCAAAUGCUGCAACUCGAUACGGUCAUUUUCAACACCUUUGUCUGGAUGCAAAUCUUCAACGAAUUCAACAAUCGACGCCUCGAUAACAAGUUCAACGUGCUCGAGGGUGUCCACCGCAAUCAAUUUUUUAUUUUCAUCAACCUCCUGAUGGUUGGUCUUCAGGUGGGGAUCGUUUUCAUUGGCGGUCGCGUGUUUGAGAUCAAGGAGGGUGGCCUCAACGGAACCCAGUGGGCCAUCUCCGUCGUGAUCGCCCUCAUGUCUUUGCCAUGGGGUGUGCUGGUCCGUAUAUUUCCGGAUGUCUGGUUUGAAAGAGUGGCUGUUUUCGUCGGAAAGCCUUUUGUACUGGUGUACAGAUUCCUCGGGAGAAUGUUUGCGCCUGUUGGCCGAUUGUUCAAGCGAAAGCAACGAGAUGCUACCGCAUCAGAUGAGGAAGUACCUGCUACAAUUAUUGUCGCCCCACCCGAGGAAAAGGGGCAGCAACUUUGA